UUUGAAGCCAGCCAGGUAAAAGUUACGGAAUGUCAGUUAAUUCCAGAGUAGCCCAGAGAUGAAUGUUUCUGCUGAUGUCAGUCUUCGUAGGUCGGCGAGCUCAAUGGCUGUGUGUCCGGUGUUGUCGGUGCAGCCUACCCGGGCACUAGUGGACGAGAAGUUUCAGAUAGUUGUGAGAAAUCUACACCCAAAACAAGAAGUGACGGUCCAUGCUUUACAUCACUCCGAUGAUAAAGACUACUGGGAGGCGUUUGGCCAUUAUAUCAGCGACGAAAAUGGAACCGUUACAGUCAUGGAAGAUGCAAGCAGAGGUGGGACCUACACUGGAACUGAACCCAUGGGCCUACUUUGGAGCCUGCGGCCCAUUCCUGGUAGCAGACACGGGCUCAGGAUGCGAAAGAAGAGCGUUCUGUCUCCAAUGGUGGUGAACAUAUCCGUCUACAAAGGUCACAUGAACCAGGGGUUUUCUGAAGAGGCCGCAUUGGCGACGGUUGUCACGGAGAGAUGGUACCUGGCGCCAGGUGUGCAGCGUGUGGACAUUAGGGAACAAGGGGUCAAAGGCACGCUCUUCAUACCACCAGGCCCGGGGCUCUUUCCUGCAGUCCUGGACAUGUGGGGAGGGGGAGGGGGGCUGGUGGAGUACCGGGCCGCCCUCCUGGCAUCACAUGGCUUUGUUGCUUUGGCGUUGGAAUACCUCUCUGCUACUGAGGAGAGGACGUUUGAUAUUGAGACCGGAUACUUUGAGACGGCGUAUCAUAUCCUGCAGUCCCUGCCUCAGGUGUCUUCAGAUAGAGUGGCUGUGCUUGGCCUGUCCUUCGGGGCAUCAGUCACCCUCACACUCGCAGCAUACUCUAAAACCGCCAAGCCCCGGUGUUGUGUUUGUAUCAGUGGUAGUCAUGUUCACCCUGUCAACAAGCCCCUCUUUGAGGUCUUCCAGCAGAUGAACAAGAACUUGGACAAGGCGCGCAUUGAUGAGAAUAAUCAUGUGAUCUGGAGAAAUAUCAUUCUGCCCAUCCCUACUGAGCCUGACCUUAAAGUGGAUGUGGGCAAGAUAAAGUGUCCUCUGCUGGUUGUGAUCGCUCAGGAUGAUCAGAACUGGCCCACUGUGGAGUGCACUGAAGACAUGGAGCAGAUUAUGGAGAGGUCUGGAAAUCGUCACCUGCUGACGGUGUUGUCAUACCCAGACGCAGGUCACUUGAUUGAGCCUCCAUACACACCACACAUUCGGUUCAGUAACUUCAUCACUCAACACAACAAGGAGAAAGUGCUCAUGCUGUGGGGAGGUCAGACUAAGCCUCAUGCAGACGCCCAGGAAGAUGCAUGGGAGAAGAUCCUCCUCUUCCUCCAGAAACACCUCUACCAGGAUAUACCAUCAGCGGCCAAGCUCUGAAACUGCUCUCUCUCACACCCACACACACACACUCUCUCUACCUGGAUAUACCACCAGCGGCCAAUCUCUAAAACUACACACACUCACACAACACACACACACACUCUACCAGGAUGUCAAACACCUCUAUCGUGAUGUGCCACCGAAGAUCUACCAGUACCAGCUACUAAACCCUACUACUACAGACACCUCUACCAGGAAUCACCACCAGAUACUAAACCCUACAACUACAGACAUCCCUACCAGGAAUCACCACCAGAUACUAAACCCUACUACUACAGACACCUCUACCAGGAAUCACCACCAGAUACUAAACUCAGGUUUUACCACCAGCAUCCACCAGCGCUGGAACAGAAUUUUCCCAGAUCAAUCUGUAAAACCACAAGGCUACAAUCACCACACGGUCUCACGUCAUCAUAUACCUCAACUGGUUGCAGUCAAAGAAACAGAUGCUAUUUAAUAUAUCGUGACUGCAUAAUGUAAGGGUUGUGCUUAUGUGUCUGGUAUGGGGUCUCCUAGGGUUAGGAACUGAAGAGAGAGCCAUAUUCUGGUCACCAUAGCAUUAGAAUUCUGUGAUCCCAGCAGUGUUCUAUAACAAUGUGCUGCUAUAGUAACGGUAAAAGGUUCACAGGUAUUGCUUGUCAUGGGCUGUCUUAGCUAGUUGAAGGUUCAGUCACAAUGACUAAGGAUGACUGAGUGCAUUUAUAUACAGUAAGAUGUCUUGGGUUUCAGAGUGACAGUUCUGUAAGAGAUGACUGUAUAUAUCUUGCUGGAGAACAUGGCCAACAUGACAAAGCAGCCACUCUGGCCACUAAACACGUGGUCCCCAUAACUUUCCAAACGGUAGUGGUAUGGUGAUCAAGGAGAGGUCCACCCCCUGGCAUGGCUCAGACUCCUGGGGUCAGGAACCAACCUGUGGUGCAAGUGGCAGCAGCAGCAGCUGUGGGAGAGGGGGUCGGCCACGGGGAACCAUCUUAGGCCACGACUCAGAGAAACCCAAUUAUAAUCUAGAACAGCGGAAGGUUGCCACAUCCGUUUGCAUUAGAAGUCUAGUUAAUUUACAUUAAGAGCCUACGGGGUAUCUUAAACAGUAUAUAUGGCUAGAGUUAGAGAGGCUGGUGGGUCAGACCUUCGGCGCUGAAGCCGUUACUACCUCUUUACCGGAAUGAAGACUGAUUGCUGUAUGAACCACAAGAAACAUUAUUUUUACUUGCUGCUCUGAAAGUCUGAAAAUCUGUCCUGGUCAGGAUGUCACAGUCCAUAGUUGUAAGGAAUAUGUUAAUACAUUAAUUAAUAGAAAAUUGUAUUUUGAAUAAAUAAAAUAAUCUCAUUUUCAGUUGA